CUUGGAAACAAUUCAAAUCAAAAUCGAUAAUAUCUUGGCAUAAACCCUAAAACCCCAAUAUCACUAUUGGGUUCUCAUCGCCAUGGAGAACGGCGAAAUACCCGAAAACGCUAAUGAACAUUGCCCAGGUCCUCAAUCCGAUUCUGCUGGGAAGUCUGAAUCUUGUGAAGGAUGCCCGAAUCAACAAAUUUGUGCUACUGCUCCAAAGGGCCCUGACCCAGACUUGGUUGCAAUUGCAGAAAGGAUGGCCACUGUAAAGCAUAAGAUACUGAUUUUAUCAGGGAAAGGUGGAGUUGGCAAGAGCACAUUCUCUGCACAACUUUCAUUUGCACUAGCGGCUAUGGACUUCCAGGUGGGUCUUCUGGACAUCGACAUUUGUGGCCCUAGCAUCCCAAAGAUGCUUGGCCUAGAAGGCCAAGAAAUCCACCAGAGCAACCUCGGUUGGUCUCCUGUCUAUGUUGAGUCCAACCUUGGGGUUAUGUCAAUAGGGUUUAUGCUUCCAGACCCUGAUGACGCAGUCAUAUGGAGGGGGCCACGCAAGAAUGCACUCAUUAAGCAAUUCCUCAAGGAUGUUGAUUGGGGUGAGCUUGAUUUUCUAAUAGUUGAUGCUCCUCCUGGAACCUCAGAUGAACACAUUUCAAUUGUUCAAGAUCUUGGUGCUGCUUCAAUAGAUGGUGCAAUCAUUGUCACCACUCCACAACAAGUUUCCCUUAUUGAUGUCAGGAAAGAAGUGAGUUUCUGCAAAAAAGUUGGAGUCCAGGUUCUUGGGGUAGUUGAAAAUAUGAGUGGCUUGCGCCAGCCGAUGUUGGCUGCUUCCAAAUUUUUGAGGAUGACAGAGGCAGGUGAGGAGAAAGAUGUCACAGAAUGGGUUAGAGAGUACGUGAAAGAGAAAGCACCGGAAUUGCUUGAUAUAAUAGCCUUGAAUGAAGUGUUUGAUAAUAGUGGUGGUGGAGCCACAAGAAUGUGCAGUGAAAUGGGGGUACCUUUCCUGGGGAAGGUGCCGUUGGAUCCCGAGCUUUGCAAGGCUGCUGAAGAAGGUAGAUCUUGUUUUGUUGAUCAGAAAAGUGGCACGAGUGCACCUGCACUGCAGAAAAUCAUCGAGACAUUGAUGGAAAAUCAAGGCAUAUCUAGAAUGUUGGUAGACAAUGAUGCAUAAGUGAUUGGCUUGAUCCGCCAAUUUCAGGAUUUUGUUUCCGUCACCUAUGGGUGUGUAGAAUAAUACUUUUUGGCAAACCUGGAUCGGAUCUCUUAAGUUACAUGGAUCACAAAAAAAAAAGGGUGUUUUUUUUUUUCCUCCAAGUAUUGAUGAACACAGUUUUCUUGACCAUGUGAACCAGUAAUUGAAUGACUAUUUUUCAUGAAUUGUUUUGUGUU